AUGUCACAUUCAUCUUCUUCACCAACGUUAAUAACAAAUAGAACACCCCCACCCCCACCACCACCAUCAGCUGGCCCACACCCACUGCAUUUGCAUCCUCAUCCUCAUCCCCAUCUGCUUCAACCACAUCUUCAACAGUCUCAUCCAAUUAGAAACACGAUCGACAACAAAUUUGUUCCAUCUGACCUACAUUCAAAAAGUCAGCCUGUUUCUCACUUGGAAAAGCAACCCCAACUUGAUCAAGCAAAAACUGUCACAACUACAAAUACCGUUACAUUCCCUUCAAACAAUCAGAUGUCAAAGUUGGAUCCUCCUUUAACAGCAACAGCUACAGCUACAGCUACAGAAACCGAAACUGCACCCACAUCUUCCAAUCACACUGUAGUUACUAGCGAUGUGAAUGUUCAACCGCAAUUAAACCUCCAAGCACAAUCACCUACAUUUGGUCUCAAAUCACUGGAAGUUUCCGGAAAGCACACACCUCGAAAUAAUCUAAUUUAUUAUGAUCAAGCUGAACAGAUAUCGCAGCAAUGCUCACCUUUGUCCACUCCGAAACGAUUGUCUUUUGAUCAAUUGCCACAAAAGAAUGGCCAACCAAACUACGUCAGCUAUCAAGGCAACUCGUUUCGAUACACCGACAAGGAUCCUAUUUCUCCGCGCCAGUUAUCAUCAACCACCACUCACGAUAAUGAGGCGAUAAAAAAUUUGCAUGCCAAAUUAGAGCACACUAACAACAACAACAUUAAUCACCCAAUCUUUCGACUUCGAUCACCUCAAUCACCACUGCUACCACCGCAUGCACAACUUGUCUCUCCACUGCAUUCACAACUUAAUUUGAGUACUAGUUCUAGACCGUCGACGCCAUCGGGGUAUAAUUCACCUGUUAAGGAAACUAAUCGUGUAUUAUUAGAAUAUGACCCCAUCACUAGAAGGAAAGUAUUGAAUACCUACGAAAUAUUAAGAGAAAUCGGGAGAGGUGAACAUGGAAAAGUCAAGUUGGCCAAGGAUUUAAUUAAUAAUGAACUAGUUGCCAUCAAGAUUGUUAAUCGAAAAUUGAAAAAGGAAAGACCAUCGUUGAGAAUACGAAAUAGCAACAAUGGCAAAACGAGUAGUAUCAGUGAACAUGAAUUGAAAAUAAAGAGAGAAAUUGCCAUUAUGAAAAAAUGUCGACACAAGCACAUUGUCUCGUUGAAGGAGGUUUUGGAUGAUACAAGUUCAUUCAAAAUUUAUUUAGUAUUGGAAUAUAUGGAAAAAGGCGAAAUCAAAUGGAAAAGGCUACAACAAGAUUUACGUCCGAAUACUAAGAUUCAGCUGGAUAAUGACGGCAGUGAUCUGGAAAUACCGUGUUGUGGAAGGAAUGGUGGAGAUCCGCGGCAACCGCAUCAUCGCUUUUCCACUGAAGAAGAUCUACUCUCAAAUGAAUUCAGUCCAAAUUUGACUUUUAGACAAUCGAGAAAGAUUUUUAGAGACGUUUUAUUAGGAUUGGAAUACCUUCAUAUGCAAGGGAUUGUGCAUCGUGAUAUUAAACCAGCAAACUUGUUAGUAUCAUCGGAUAAUAUCGUUAAGAUUAGUGAUUUUGGUGUUUCAAUUGCUUCCUCUUUGAUUGAAGAAGAUUUGGGUGUUUUGGUUAAUGAAUUGGAUCUAGCUAAGACAGCUGGUACACCUGCAUUUUUUGCUCCUGAAUUAUGUCAACUAGAUGGUGAUGAUGAGAAUGACGGAACUGGUAAUAACGAUAACAGUGAAGAUAAAGCUACCGAUUUUCAGUCCAACCCAAAAUCCCCCAAAAUUGAUUAUAAAAUUGAUAUAUGGGCACUAGGAGUUACAUUAUACUGCUUGUUAUUUGGUAAAGUUCCUUUCAAUGCUGAUUCAGAAUUUGAACUUUUCAAUGUGAUUGUCAACCAACCAUUACAAUUCCCUCCUGACAUAAAAUCAUUCAACUCUCCCGGUUGGGUAACCGAGGAAGAGUUUGAGUUGGCUAAAGAUUUGCUUUCUAAGCUAUUGAAAAAGAAGAGUUCGGAACGUAUAACAAUACAAGAGAUUAAAGAGCAUCCGUUUACCUUGAUGGAUUUAGACAACAAUCUUGAAUCUUUGCAUGAAUUGUUCAAUUUAAACUCGUCAACAGCAAACAGUCCCUUAGAUUUUAAUUUAAGUGAUCAGGAUAUCGUGACUAACGAUGAGAUUGAAAAUGCCAUAAUUGGUUGUGGAACAAGAAUCAAACGAAGCCUAGUCAAAGCAAUUAAAGCGGGAGGUAUCAAAGAUUCUGAAUUGAAGAGCAAGUUCCAAGCGCUACAAAUGGAACACUCCAGAAGUGAAUCCAGUGAUGAAUCUUCAAGUGGGUACUCGACUUUUAAUUCAUCCUAUAAACUCAACUCAAUGCAGCAUAACAAUCAUUCAGUUAUUCUCUCCGAACAACCAGUGGUUGUUUCAUCUCCAUUGCAAUUGAAUGGCGAUGGUUCACGAACAACCAAAACACGAUCACGGACUGACUCAUUUACCCACAACCCACACGUCCCUUCACAUUUAUCCCAACAAGUUUCUAGCAACUCAAGUUCACCGGUUUCUACACAAACACCUAUUGCUAUUUCUGGAGCUGGUCAUAAAGAGGGCGGUAAAAGCUUGCUUCAUGAACGAUUGGAUUCACAAAGCGGAACUCCAAGUAGAAGAGGAAGCUUUGCUCGUAAAAGUUUUAUCCAUGAUAUUAUUGAAUCACAUAGUGGUGCAUCAAGUAGAAGAGGUAGUGCUGCUGCUAUUCCAAUUGUUGAAGCACCGCAAAUUGAAACGAAACGAAAUGUUGGUGGUAAUUUGUACUUGAAGAACCAAUCUAUUGUGGAUACUUUCAAAGGAAUACAAGAACAAGAUGAUAAACGAAGACGAUCAAGUUUGUUUUCAAAUCAUGUUAGUUCAUCAAACAAGAAUUCUGUUUCACAUGAUGUGCAUGGCAAUCAUUCACCACUUGGGCAACUGGUUUAUACAAACCAACCAUCAUCGUCCCAACAAGCACAACAUUUACCAUCAAAGGACGUUACUUCUGCACUUGUGACUCCGAUCCCUGUACCUGCAGUUAAGCCUAAUUUUGAGUUUUUCCGCAAUAAUGGUUUGAAGCUGGAUGAUAUGUCAGACAUUGAUCCUACUCAAGGCGCCACACGUGAACUGCAAUUGUACAAGUUUAUUGAUAAAACUGGUGGGGAUAACCUGAUUGAUGGUGAUCCUAUCGGAUCAUCGUUCAUGUCAUUGCCAUUGACUGGAAGCUUUGCAUCCUUAGAUAGUAUCAAUGAUGAAGUAUUACAUUUGAAGUACAAGCCAAUUACCAUAACUGAUCCAAAUAAACAACGCCCAAUUACAUCAUUGAGGAAAAGAUCAAGUUUUUCUGAUUCAAAUUUAUUUAAGAAUAAUAACCCAACCGCUGUAUUGAAUAAUAAAUUUGAAUCGUUCAAUUUGGAAGAUCUGAUGAAUGUGGGGAAACAAAAGCGAUCACUGAAGAGAUUAAGUGAUGAUGAUGGUGUUGCGCCUAGUGCUAAACCGGUGAUUAAUUUGACAAGACAAUCCAGUAGUGAAUCUUACUCAUCGUAUUCUUCUUCAAGUGGAAGUUCCGAUAAGGAUUCUGCUGCCGAAGAGGAUGAAAAUGAUGAAGAGGAAGACGAAGAGGACGAAGAAGAUUCAGAUGAAGAAAAUUUGACGCUUGCUUUCCAUUCGAAGGUAACACCAUCUAGAAGACCACCGUUCUUAUCAAUUGGUCAACGUUCUAAAUCUCACGAUUCCAGGCUACCUUAUAUGGUAUCACGUGGUGAUGCUGCUGUUACAACUGAUGCAGUCAUAUUCAAUAGUGAUUCGCAUGAUUUUGAAGAUGUGCCGAUGGAUUUGAUUGAUUCUACUACUCCAGAUAAUGCUUCUAGAUCAACUGUACAAUCUGUACAAUUUAAACAAGGUCCACCUUCAUCACACGAAAACAGCACCAACAGCUCAUCAAAUAAGCAUCUUAAUCCUUCGACAAUAUCUUCGUCUCAGCCAUCGGCUCAAACUCAAGGGCCGCAAACUCAACAACAACAACAACAGCAGCAACGACCACAAUUGACCACAGACAAGGACAAAAAAGCCCGUUUUUUUGCCCAGAUUGCUGCAUCACAACAAAAACAACCACCUUCAACACCUAAAACCAUCCUUCGAGAAAAUAUAUUCCAUCAUCAAUUCAAUAAUCAUUAUAACAAAGCACCAGUAUAUUCAAAUUUUCCCAAUUCAAAACAUUUAGGUAAUAAUCCUCAACAAAUUGUUGAAUCAUCAGUAAUGAAGUAUAAACAAAAUCGACCUAAUUAUUAUCGAUCAAAUUCAGUUGCGGUGGGGAUUUUACAACAUACACUGGACGAAUUAUUGGAUGAUAUGAUUGAGCAAAGGAAGGAGAAAGCGUGA